ACGCGUGUGCCAGUACCGGCGGGAGGAAGUCCAUCACGUGCGGGUACCCACUGUGCGCGCCUUCAGCACCGACGUGAAGGUCCUGAAGCCUGACUGCACGCCGUCCCCCACCGAGGACUGCCUGAACUACGAGAGGAGGACUCAGUAUCGGACUGACUACAAGACUCGUGACGAGGUUCGAACCCGGAACAUAUACUCGUGCUGCCCCGGAUGGACCACGCAGAACUCCACGGGGCGGGGCGGGAGGAAGGGCGGCAGGGGCGGGAAGGGCGGCCGACACCACCACCGCCACCGCGCUGCUGGGACUGGCCGGGGCUGCGUGGUGAAGGUGGAGGCGCCGCUGGAGGCUGCUCGGGCGGAGGUGACGCACGAGGGGCAGGUGUACCGGCUGGUGAACAACUCUGAGCCCGCCAGGAACAACUCCUUUUACUCGGGCGAACUGUACAACUUCUACAAGAUUGUCUAUGGCUCUGAGGAGGAGGAGGACGAUGAUGACAGUGAGAAUGAGAGCACCACGUUGACCCCUGAGAUUGAGGACGAGGAUGAGAACGAGGAGGAGGUAGUGGAGGAUGAGGAUGAGGAACAGACCGAGGAGGAGGAGGAGGAGGAGGAAGAGGAGGACUUGUUGCUGGAGAACGAGGACGAGAACGAGGAAGACGAAGAGGAAACUACUGAAGAGGAACUUUACGACUACCUCAACGAUGACGCCGGCGAGUCCGACUCCGACAACCUGGUGCUGCCCGCGUCGCCGCCCACGCCCGCCACGCGACGCCACAACUCGCGACACAAAUCAACGAAGUUACACGCUAAGAAUGGCCAUGAACACCGCCACCACCGCCGCCGCGACCACCGCCACCGCCACCACCGCCGGGCGCAGCAGUCGACGCCCCACGCUGACGAAGGGGCAGACGGCGCCACGAACGGCCCCCACGCCCGCCGCCCCCACCGACGACACGGGGGCCACAACGACACCGAAUUCGACGCUUACGGCAAGAUCAUCAUCAUGACCAACCGUCGGAGGGGCGGCCGGAGGAGAGGCCCCCAGGAGCAGGUGUCCCGCCCCGAGGAGGUGUGGCCCAUCCCAGCCUACGUCGCGCAUGGUGGAUGUGGGCGCCGUGGGUGCUUGAACCGUGGGCGCUGCAUGAACGGCCGCUGUAGGUGCCCACGGGGGUUCUACGGGAAUCUCUGUCAGUACGACCGAAACGAGUGUCUAGUGGACCAGGGCGGAUGCGAACACUCCUGCAAGAACGUCCAUGGCUCCUACACGUGUUGCUGCCGUCGGGGAUACCGCCUCAUGCCCGACCGACACUCCUGCCACGACAUCGAUGAGUGCGUGGACAACAACGGCGGCUGCUCCCACAACUGCCUGAACACCCGAGGCUCCUACCUAUGCCGCUGCGCCCCCGGACACUACCUGUUGCCGGACGGGAGAACAUGCACAGGCGGGGAGAUGUGCGGCGCUGGAAACGGUGGCUGCCAACACACCUGUGACGACUCCAGCGGCAGGGUGAUUUGCUCCUGCCGACUAGGGUACAGGCUGGCACGUGACGGCCGCACCUGCCUGGCGGAGGACCCGUGUGCCGUGAACAACGGAGGCUGCCAGGACCAGUGUCGCAGCGAGCAGGGGCGUGCCCGGUGCUCCUGCCGCUCAGGAUUCACCUUGGCAGACGACCAAGUAUCCUGCGUCGACGAGGAUGAGUGCCAAAGACCCGGCAUCUGCAGCCAGCAGUGCCAAAACACGUGGGGCUCCUACCAGUGCCUCUGUGACUCUGGAUACCAGCUUGGCACCGACCAGAGCUCAUGCUUCAUGAUCGAUAUGGAGGUGAUCAACUCGUGCCUGGAGGACAACGGCGGGUGUCAGCACAUGUGCCAGCACGGCCCCGACGGCCCCGUCUGCACCUGUCACCAAGGCUACCAGCUGCAGGCGGCCGACCAGCGCUCCUGCGAGGACGAGGACGAGUGUGCCACGGGCCGCCAUCAGUGCCAGCAGGAGUGCGUCAACACCGUGGGCAGCUACUCGUGUUCCUGCAGUCGCGGCUACACCCUCAACCCGAACUCCCGCACGUGCAGAGACGUGGACGAGUGCGCGAUGGAGAACGGCGGGUGUGAGCAGGACUGCCAGAACACCGAGGGCUCCUACGAGUGUUCCUGCCGAGAAGGAUAUGUGCUCGUGGGACGCACCGAUUGUGACAUGUCUCUGGAUGAAUAUAGCCUCGACCUCAUUCUGGAGGACGACUCGACGACGCUGGGGGAGACGGAGCCCGCGAGAACCGAUCCCCCCAAAGAGGUGACCUACGCGGAGCAGGUCAAGUUCACGACCCUCCACACGCGAUGUGUCACUGGAUUCUUCGGCCCCAACUGCUCCCUGACGUGCGAUGACUGCCCCGGCGAGUGUGGCCCCGACGGCUGCGUGUGUCCCCCGGGCAAGACGGGGCCCACGUGCUCGCUGCCCUGCUCCACCGGCACCUUCGGCCUCGGUUGCAAUGAGGUGUGUGAGUGCCUGAACGGCGGUACCUGCGAGCCUGUGUCGGGAAACUGCACGUGUCCCCCAGGUGUGACGGGCGACGUGUGCCAAGACGGGUGUCCGGCAGGGUACUACGGCGAGCAGUGUGAGCGGCGCUGCCCCGUGGUGUGCGCCAACAUGCGCUGCAACAGACUCUUCGGCUUCUGCGAGUGUGACCCGGGGCGCUUCGGCUCCUCCUGCAACCUGCCGUGCCCGGACUUCACGUGGGGCGCCAACUGCCGCCACCAGUGUAAAUGUGACUCCCGGAGCACGGCGCGCUGCCACCCCGAGAGCGGCGUGUGUGAGUGCAAGCCCGGCUACGUGGGGUCAGACUGCUCCGAGGAGUGCCCGCCGGGUCGCUGGGGCACCGGGUGUAUGCAUGAGUGCCAGUGUGCCAACGGGGAGGCGUGCCACCCUGCCUCGGGGGUCUGCAUGAAGGACUGCCCCUCAGGCUACACCGGGCCAGACUGCGAACAACGAUGCGAGCAAGGUCACUACGGCCCCGGGUGCAUGAAGGCGUGCAUGUGUGGGCGGCGGCCGUGCGACCCCACCAACGGCGAGUGUCUCUGUCCCGCCGGCACCCACGGACCCAGCUGCCUCCAGGUCUGUGCCCCGGGGCGGUGGGGGGAGAGCUGCCUCCUGGAGUGCCAGUGCCAGAAUGGUGCCUCGUGUGACCGCGUCAACGGGAAGUGCCACUGUCUGCCCGGAUACGUCGGUCCGGCGUGCGAGACGAGGUGUCCGCCGGGCAGGUUCGGCGUGGGUUGCCGCGACACCUGCAGCUGCCUCAACGGAGCGACCUGUCACCACAUAACCGGCAGGUGCGAGUGUUUGCCAGGCUUCACGGGCCCCAGCUGCAGCCAGCCCUGCCCCCUGGGACGCUACGGACAGGACUGCGUGCACAUGUGUGACUGCAACAGCGGCCGGUGUGAUCGUGUGAGCGGCGAGUGCACCUGCGCCCCCGGCUGGCGAGGACCCCAGUGCCAGCUCCCAUGCGAGGCGGGACGCUACGGGGCCGGGUGCGCCAUGAACUGCAGCUGCGCCAACGGAGCAAAGUGCGACCACAUCUCUGGCGCCUGCAUGUGCCAGCCAGGCUGGCACGGCACCUUCUGCUCCCGUCCGUGCCCCGAAGGUUACUGGGGCCCCGAGUGUCGGCACCGCUGCGGCUGUGGCAUCGGCGCCACCUGUGACCCUGCCACGGGCGCCUGUCUGUGUCCGCCGGGGAAGUACGGGCCGCACUGCUCCAAGGUGUGCCCGAUUGACCGCUGGGGCACCGACUGCCAGAACCAGUGCCUUUGUUACAACGGUGGCACAUGCGACCGAGUGUCUGGUGCCUGUGUGUGUCCGCCGGGCUACGCCGGCACCACCUGUCAAGACCGGUGUCCAGAGGGCACGUACGGCUUCGGGUGUCAGCACAGCUGCCUGUGUCAGCACGGCGGAACCUGCCAGCACGACACCGGCGCGUGCCUCUGCCAGCCAGGGUUUGCCGGCGCCUUCUGCGAGACAACCUUUGUGCCGUUGCCGAGCGUUGAGGGUUCCGGCGCGUGUGUGACGGACGACCACUGUCAGCACGACGGCCGCUGUGACGCCGCCUCGGGCACCUGUGAGUGCGGCCCAGGCUGGCGUGGACACCUGUGUCACAAGCCGUGCCACCAAGGUUUCUGGGGCCCGGGGUGCCAGGAGGCGUGUUCCUGCGAGCACGGGAGUCAGUGCCACCAUGUCACCGGGGAGUGCAAGUGUCCCCCGGGCUUCCACGGCGAAAAAUGCCAAUUGGUGUGCCCCGUCGGAACCUACGGCGAAGGCUGCGCGUCUUCCUGCCAGUGUGAGGAGGGGCAACCCUGCGACCACGUGACCGGCGCCUGCACCUGCCCGCCCGGCCGCCAGGGUCCGCAGUGCCACGAGUUCUGUUCCGACGGCCACUGGGGGAACGAGUGCCAGGAGAAGUGCCAGUGUGUGGGCUCCUCCCUGUGUGACCCUGUCUCCGGCGAGUGUUUCUGCCCGGCGGGUCUCCGGGGCCGUAAGUGCCGCUGGAACUGCCUCAAGGGGCGAUACGGCGUCGACUGUAAACAGAAAUGUAAGUGCAGCAACGGCGGUUCGUGUGACCCGGUGAGCGGCCAGUGCCAUUGUUCGGAAGGCUUCUACGGCCCCACCUGCUCCCUGCCCUGCCCGCCCAGCACCUACGGCCCCAGCUGCAACGAGACGUGCCACUGUGAGCACGGCGGCGUGUGCUCGGCGGACGGGGAGUGCCAGUGCCCCUCGGGGUACAGGGGUGCCCGCUGCCAGGACUCCUGCCCCGUCAGCACUUGGGGCCUCGGCUGUGCCUUCAAGUGCAGCUGUAAAAAUGACGCCAUCUGCCACCCAGCGACCGGUGAGUGUCGGUGCGGCCUUGGCUGGACUGGGCCAGAUUGCAGCCAGCCGUGUAGCCCCGGCCGCUACGGACCCAAUUGCCUCCUCGACUGUGCCUGUCACCACAAUGUGUCCUGUGACCGCUUUUCCGGCUGCUGCCAGUGUGGUGCCGGGCACUACGGCCGAUUCUGUGAACUGGAUUGUCCUAAAGGUUUCUACGGCGCGUCCUGCGUGGGAGUGUGCAACUGUCACAACGGUGCCACCUGUGACCACAAGACCGGCCAGUGCCGCUGCGCCCCGGGCUACACCGGCGAGACCUGCAGCCAGACCUGUCCGCCAGGAAAGUAUGGCCUGCACUGCCAGAGUGAGAGUGAGUGUGGGGAGUACCCGUGCCACCACCAGACUGGGGAGUGCCUCUGUCCAGCCGGCUUCCAGGGGCGGAACUGUGACACGCCGUGCGGCACGGGGCGGUACGGGCCGGGGUGCCGCGAGGCGUGUCAGUGCCACCACGGGGGUAGCUGCCACCCAGUAAGCGGCCACUGCUCCUGCGCCCCGGGCUGGCUGGGGCCCACGUGCGGCCAACAAGACAUCUCCUUCCUGGCCAGUCAGCAUCGCGGCAGGGCAGACAUCCCGGUCGAACUCAGCUGAUUCUCCGCAGCAAGCACAGCAGGAGCAGGAGACGAGCGUGAUACCUGAAGGGCGUCUGCAAGGGAGGAGGAAAACGAAGAGAACAUAAGAACAUAAGAACAUAGGGAAACUGCAAGAGGAAAUAAAGUAACGGAUAACGGACGGAGAGACUUAAAAUGAACCAGUGUAAGAAAGAUAGAAGUGAAAAGAGUCAGAAGAUGGAGGACUAGAAGACAUACUUAUGUUAUGAUGCUUCAGUUUGCUCGAGUGUUCCGAAGCUUCGAUCCGGUGGCUGCUCGGCUUGUGUGUCACGUUGCCGCCAUGCCCUCGCCGCCUCCACACGAAGUAAUAAGACGCUUGAGGACGUUGUGAAAGUCUCCAGAGAGGUAAACCAACACCACAGUUCAUUUUAAGACACUUGAGGCCAGUGCGAAACAGAAAUCUCCAGCCCAGGUUAUUGUAAGACAUUUGAGAACUCUGCCAAAGCCUCCACGGACAGAGAAACCAUUGCACAAGUUGAUUUUAAGACGCUUGAGAACGGUGCAAAAGAGAAAUCACAGCACCAACCCACUGUCAUCAUUCACUGUAAACAAAGGGAUGAGGAUAUGCGGCGCGGAGCGUGUCAAUUCCUUCAGCCGCUCUGUGUUCCUCUCCGCUGCGGAUGGAAGAUGAAAAGCAGUGAUACUAUAUACUCAUCGUUCAUCGGAAUCUUAAGGGAAGAGUCGAAUGGUAUGGAAUUGUAUACUUUAGAUAAUAGGACCGCAUCGUUAUGAGACACUCCCGACUCCCGACUUCUCUCUCUCCCCGCCACCAACAACCUUCGUCAAAUCCUUAAUGUUUCAACUGUUUUUGCUGGACUAUGGUUACUCUUUGGAAGGGGUUAAGUUACUAUAUUAUUUAGGCGAUCUUUCUUUGUUUUCUGUUUUUGGUGCCCUUGUGCUGCCUUCAAUGCUGUAAAGAAAAAAAGUGAUUGAGUUGUUAUCAUCAUUUAUUCCCCUUCUGUCUCUCUCCGGCAUAUGACCACAGAUGUUGCGCCGACUAAACGAAACUUUCCAACCUUUUACCAUCAUUUAGGCUUCGUUGGAAAGUCGGAGUAGUACUUUUCAAUGCGGUCCUAUUACCAAGAGUUAGCAUUUUUAUUUUGUCUAAUUGUCGGAAGCAAGACCAACAGUGCACUCACAGCUCUGACCAGGAAGAGGAAGGAACACCAACGCGACUCAUCUGAACGAGAACAAAGGAAAUCAAAGAAACUCACCUGAAAAUCUUGUGACACGCGAUUUUCAAACCAACAAUCUCCGAUACUUCUGACAUGUAAUUGUAAUAGAACUUCGCUAACGUUGUGUGCUCCUCUCCUUGAAAGUUCUCCUCACAAACUGGCAUCAUCUCUGUCAGUAUCGCAACGCUCUCAGAAAACAGUGACUUCGGUGUGUCCUCUGAAGUGACGAAAAGGGUGAAAAAUGACACUUUACUUUUUUUAAGAGAAACGUGUCAAAAAAUGUUUGCCAUAUCCUAGAAUAAGUGUGUUGUUUCGCUGCUUCGUGUGAAUCUUGGCAGGAUUCAUCGUUGAUUUGCAUUGUACUUUAUUAAGGGCCAUUCUCACAGUUCGACAUGAUGAGUUAGUAAGCCUCCAAACCAAAACCAAAGACUUCGAAAAUUCCUUGUGUAGUGUAUUGUGUUCAUGUUUAAGUAGAGAAAUUUGAGGGAACCAUACGGGAAGCCUCUUGUGUAUCUGGUCUUGCAUCGAAAAUCUAACCAUUGUGGAGUGUAUAAGAUUAGUUUGGUUGGGGCGAUUACAAAGCCACUGUGUUGGACUGUGAAAUCGGCUCUGAGACUUGUUUUCUCCUCCCUCACUCACCAAAUAAAGCCUUCGGCACCUUCAUUCAGAGCCGCGCAUCAGAGCCUCACCGCCGCCCCGCCGUGGGUUGUCUGUCACUCCAGGGACGACUAAUGUAGAUGAUCCUCAGAGUUAUAAAUAUAUAUGAUGCUUUUUUU